GUUGGCCGGGCUCCAAUGGUCUCUGGGAGGAGGUUGGCCUGGGAACCGAAGGCGAAUCUAUCACCUUCGAGCCCAACCUGCAACAGCGGCGAAACCUCGUUCUGGACACACGACCCUUCCUCGUCUGCAAAAUGGAUGAGCCCAAAUGCACAUGCCAGAAGGAAGUCAAUGCCAGUGGAAGGUUUGCUCAGCACCUGUGCAACGUAGACAAGGUGGAGGGCUGUGUCGGCGAUGUAAAUGUCACUGGCUGGACCGAGAAUCAUGGCGGUUCCGACUUUCUGACGGUUGUUGAUCCCGGUGGGUCUUACCAGUAUUUAACCAACGUGACAGUCACUCACACAUCGAACGGACCCCGGCUAACGAAUGCCACCUACUAUGGUGUGACAGCAGAUGGCGCCAUCCGGGUCGAGAGGACCGUCUCAACUUGGGCCACAGAGGACUUCCCUCGCUACCUGCAUUCUUUUCGUUACGAGGUAUUGAGGAACGUAACUUAUCGUCGGCUCGCCUUUUACCUGCUGGGUGGCGACUGGUACAACUUCGUCCUGAAUCCUUCGCUCGCCUACGGCUCGCGGAAGUUGGACCGCCACCUCGUGAACAUCUCCUUGGACUUGGAGCAGUUUGAGUAUUCGAAGGACUUGAGGAAUCUGGAGUGCCAUGAGCCACCCUGUUGGUUUGCCCUGCUUACGCAGUCGAAUCAGGAGGAUCGUCAUGCGCACCGUGGGCUGGUCGUCCGGCGCUGGCGCGGGCAGAUGGGGGGCCAGGAGCUGGCAAAAGAUCGAGGCUUCGUCUUCUCCGUCUUCGGCUCCCGGAACAUGGGGGAUCCCACGCCAACCCUCGGCCUGGAGCUGGGUCCAGGGAAGAAGAGCCUUCAGGCUGGGGACGUCAUCUCUGCAGAUCUUGAGCUGCUUCUUUACCCCAAGUCGGAAGAUGUUUACUACGGGCCCUCUAUGAAGCUCCGCAGAUGGCUCACCACCAUGGAGCCCUGGGAGGUGGCUUGGCGCUCUGCCAUCGAAGCCCAACUGGAGGUGCAGGUGGCUGAAGGAGUCCUCCAGCGCAGCUACCCGCCAAGAGUGGCUGUCAGCUCGGAAGGCCGUGCCGAGUUCCGCUUCCUUGUGCCUGCAGAGUACCCAGGCGUCGUGCCCCUGACGGUGGCGGGCGUCGCGCAGACCGGAGGCUGUCUCUGCAUUUGGGACAACGGCUGCCAGGAGCUGGGGGAGGGUGGCGAGUUUCAAACAGACUACGUCAAGGGGGAAGGCUUUGCGCAUACCUUCAGUUUGAUGCCCUCAGAGUUCGGUUCCGAGCUUCUCUUCAUCUUCGAGCAGGUCUGCAAGCAGGCAGGGUGA